AUGGAAUCUCCGGAUUCUCCAGUGCUUGUCUCUGUGGUGACGCCAAAGUCGAUCACCAAUGGCGGGACAGACUGGAACAGGCAAACCUCUGCGAGUUCGAGCAUCAUGGGCUUUGGCGCCCUGAGCCCUAGUGGCCCUAGUGUCCCUAGGGGCCCUAGUGGUCAUUUGCGGACGCCAUUGCCCAGCUUGCUUGGUAUGACUUGCCUUGCGAAGCAAGGCGACGGGCAUUCCCAGCAAGACGUUUCGAUCAGUCGGUCAAAUUCACCGGCCAACUCCAGACGGGAAGGCGACUAUCUCCGUAGCGAUAGUGACUCUAUUAUGGGAGAAGUUCAGGAACGAAUUAGUCGGAUGGAACAUAAGUUGUUCAUUCUCGACAGCAAAAGCGAAGCGGCAGCGAUGUCGAGCGUGAAAACCGCUCAGUCAGGUAUGCUCCCUGAGUGGGGUGAUGAAAGCCAAGGCGAGGAUGACCAUAAAAAGAAGAAGACCUGUCGAAUUCCCUUUCGGCGGGCCAUCAUCGCCACGGUGAUCCUUGGGGCGCUCUUGACCUGUGUGCUCACGUUUCUUCCCUUGCUUGACUUUACGGUGCAAUUGCAGACGGAGACUGCCAAGAAUUUUCAGAAUUCAGUGGGUCGUCAAUUUGAGCUGAUUGAAGACCUGUCCACUCGAAAUGCCUUGUUUCUACACCGUAAUAUCCUCCAAAGGAUCAGUGGUAUGGUGUGGGAGACAGUUUUGGCUCCACCUGAUCUGGCGUUGGAUGCCCUAUGGGGCGACAUGCAAGCGCAUCAUGCGCUUGAUUCCUCUUGGACUGGAGCCAGCGAUGGCCAAAGAGCCUUCAUUGCAUAUCGUGCAUUCUUGGAGCUUCAGAAGCAGCAACAGAAUGUGAAAUUAGCCCAAAAACGUCAAAAACGAUUCGGCGCCGCCGACUUCCUCUACGUGGCCUUCCAGGGUGGUCGCUUCACCGGGACAUCCUUGACAUCUGGGCCUGUGGAGGGCCGCUGGUGGGAUUGCCCUGGCCAUGCAAAGACCGCCGAAGGCGCUUUUGCACAGCAAAAUAUCAGUAGACAUGAUCCAGCCUGUGGAGGGGCAUUCCCCUUGGAACGACCUUGGUACAGACUGCAAUCGACGCAAUCUGGUCCCACAAAAAGGUUGUGGUCUGGGCUUUAUACCUACUUGGAUGGCAGCAUUGGAUUGACCAAAACUGCACCAGUGGCCUACUGCGGGGACUACUCCUGCUUCCAGGGCGUAAUCGCAGCAGACAUUACGCUGCAAGCGGUGGGACAGAGCUGCAAUGAGGCUUUCCAGACCUUGAAAAAGGAACUUGAAGCCUCAACGUACCAAUUUCCCAUCGAUCCGAGCAAUGCCAUGGUCUUCGUGGUGAACCAUCAGAGCCAAGCUCAACGUCCUGGGCUUCUGGUUGGAGCUGCUGGCCUGCCGUUGAACCAGAUCGUGGCAGCAGAAGACUCGCAGGAGGUUUUGGUGCGCAGCACCUCCAAAGAGAUCCUGCGGCGCUUCGGCACGUGGGACGCCAAGCUCCUGCAGGAGGAACAGUUCUUUCGAUUUCGCCAACUUCCAAACGGCUCUGCUGUUGACUGCGGCAAUGAGUUCAAAGAUUUCACGGAUCCGGACUGCUUGCAGGUGGGCACCAUGUCCGUCGAGCUCGAUGAGGCGAACCGUUGGAUGGUGAUCAUCGUCAGCCCGUCCGUGGCCUUCUUUUCCAUGGCCAAGCACAUCGAAGGGAAAGUCAGUGAGGAAUUGGAGGCCAUCGACUCCAACAUCGAUAUGAUGGGCAUGACGAUCCUCCAAACUGCGGCCAUAGCAUUCUUGGUGACCACCGUCAUAACGGUUGGCAUUGGCUUUGGCCUGGGCACAGCGGUUUCCUCACCGAUGAAAGAGCUCGAAUAUAUGCUGCGGCGCCUGGCGCACUUCGACUUUGAAAAGGACGAGAGCUGGUUGGAGACUGAACCGACCAGCAGCAUUCGUGAGAUUUGUGAACUGCAGGAUGCGUUUUGCCGUCUUGCAGUGGGCAUCAAAACCUUUGCACGCUUUGUGCCAGAAGCCGUCGUGCGGAAUCUCAUCAAAGGCAGGGACAGGGGAUGA